UGGAAAUUGUAUACAAGAUCAUUUUGGUCGGAACAGAAGUACGAUGACUAGUGUUUCCCUACGGAGGACAUUCUGGACACACCAUAACGUGUUAGAAUUUUGGUUUUGUUUUCUUGACAAUCUUUUCGUUCUUUUUCAUGGCAGACAAAAGUCAAGUGUGCUCAGUAUGGGUGGGAUCGGAAACAGGGAUAUUAAAGGGAGUGAGCCUAUCCAAAAAACAGGCUUUCAACUUCUGUGAGAUGAGCUGCCUGAGCCGGGACCAGGAAGUGUGUGUCCUAGGCUGGGGAGAUCAACAUGAGACUGAGGUACUGGUGGGGUCUGUGAAUGGCACAGUGAAGACAUUUAGCACAGAGAAGGGCAUCUUCACUGAGACCAGACAGUGUGGGGAGAGCACCCAGGGCAGGUUCACAGGACUUGCUGUCACAGACAGUGCUCUGAUCACGUGUGUGGAGACAGGACUGCUGAGGGUCUGGAAGGAGGGCAGCACAGACACAGUUGAGAUAAAUGCUGGGACGAAUGUUUGUCGGAUGCGGCAGAAUCCCUCACAGCGCAACCAAGUGGCCACAGGAGGGAAGGAGAAUGGCCUAAAGGUCUGGGAUCUGGAGAGGCCUGAAACACCCAUUUUCACCUCCAAGAAUGUACGUAAUGACUGGCUGGACUUGCGAGUGCCAGAGUGGGUCAGAGACAUGGUCUUCAUCCCAGACUCCAACAAGAUCGUCACCUGCACAGGUCACCACCAGGUGCGAGUGUAUGACCCAGCCUCUCCCCAGAGGCGUCCGGUUCUGGAGGCUCAUUUUGGGGAGUACCCCCUCACAGCCCUCUCCCUCCCUGCCAACCAAGACAGUGUUGUAGUGGGCAACACACAUGGAGAACUCGCCAUCUUAGAUUUGCGGAAAGGUCUGGUGCGUGGGUGUUUGAAGGGGCUGGCAGGAGGAGUGCGGGGGCUGCAGUGCCACCCCUCUCUCCCUCUGGUGGCUUCCUGUGGUUUGGAUCGCUUUCUGAGAGUACACAGCCUGGAGGACCGCUCCCUACAGCACAAGGUGUAUCUGAAGUCACGACUCAACUGUGUGCUUCUGUCCAGCAAAGAUCUAGAGCUGAGCAGUUCAGCAGUAACCGGAGAUGUGGAGGAAGUGAAAGAAGAGGGAGGUGAAGUGGAUGAGGUGUGGGACACUAUGGAGAUGAUAAAUGACCAGGCUAAGAAGAGAGCAACAGAAGAAGAGGAAGCCGUAGUUACAGGUGUAGAGAAGACUACGAAGAAAAGAAAAGUGGUCAAAUGACCUGCAGUGGAGAGCUUAAGGAAAGGGCUGUGUUCUCUAUGAGAAACGCAGAAGCUCUAGAGGUCUGCCAAAAGUCUGUGUUGCGGAUGUACAGACUGUUUUUCUGUUGAGUCUGUACUGAAAUAGCUGUAGUUUUCCUAUUAAAACUAAACUCACUCUGGAGUUGUUUGCAUGCCCUUCUAUACCAACUUCCUUGAAAUGUAGCUAACAUAAAUAAUAUAAUAUUUUUGGCACACAAAAAAAGUGUAUUGUAUGUACAAUAUCCCCAGGGCUAUUACAAUAUCAUAGAACCCUGAACAGGACUGGUUCUUUUAAGUGUGUGUGACAGCGAGAGUGCAACGCCCCUAAUAAAAAGACCGAUGGCGUCUGGUA